AUGGCGCAAGUAACAGUCAAUGAAGUGCAGCGCCAUGCAAGUGCAGCCGACGCCUGGCUUGUAAUCGAAGGAGGAGUCUACGACGUCACCUCAUACCUCGACAGCCAUCCGGGAGGCAAGACCUUGCUCCUCAACUACGCCGGCAAAGAUGCGACUCAGGCCUUCAAGGCAGCUCACUCGACGUCGGUGCUGUCGCAGCUACCGCAAAGCUCCUACAAGGGCGCGCUGACACUUCCGACCAACAGCGAUGGAACAAUAGACGAGAAGGAACGCGAACGCCUUGUUUCACAUUCGGAUGCGAAGUUGCUCGAGUCGCAGCAACAGCAGAGCGAGCAGAUCACAUUGGCAAGGAGACGACUUCCGCGGCUCAAAGACAUCGUCAAUAUCCAAGACAUGGAGCAGGCUGCCCUCACCGUCCUGCCGCCCUUGGCUGCUGCCUUCUACGCCGGCGGUUCGGACACGGAAGCGACCAUGCAUGCGAAUCAGCUCGCCUUUUCGCGCUACUACUUCAAUCCGCGCGUGCUCAGAAGGGUCGACAAGGUAGACACCUCUGUCACUCUGUUUGGCAAAGCGUAUCCCCUUCCAAUCAUAGGCUCAGCGGUCGGCAACACUCACAUGGCAGGUCCAGACUGCGACUGGCAUCUCACAAAAGGAUUGGCGCAGUGUCGGCUGCCACAUAUGGUCUCGACAUUCGCAGCAACGUCGAUACACGAUCUGCAGAAGCGGGCCAAGGAAGAGAAUCUGGCAUUCUGUGUCCACUUUAUACAGUUAUAUGUGCAACGCGACCAUGCUACUUCGGCACAAUUGGUCAAACAGGCGGUCGAGCAAGGCGCUCACGCCGUCUUUGUCACCGUCGACGUAGCCCAGAUUGGCAACCGUGAAAAGGACCGCAAGAUCCGUGCAGACGCUCAGUCUAUACCGAACUGGGCGGAGGACGAGGCUCGUUGGAUCGACGAAGCAGACGCAUCGGCCUCGGUUGUGGUCGACCAGGAUGGGCUGCAAGAGACUGGAGCUAGCAGCCGUGGAUCUGCGGCCACCUCGACGGCUGGCAUGGAUCGCGACCUCAACUGGGAUGAUCUGAAGUGGAUCAAGGAGGCUGCUCAGGGCAAGCCCGUUGUGCUCAAAGGUAUUCAAAGCGUUCGUGACGCUCUGCUUGCUAUCGAUGCCGGCGUUCAAGGCAUCGUGCUGUCGAAUCAUGGAGGCCGCCAGCUCGAUUUCGCACGACCACCGAUGGAUCUACUCUACGAAUUGCGACAGCACCAUUCUCACGUGUUUGGGAAGCUCGAUGUCUUCAUCGAUGGUGGCAUCCGCCGUGGUACAGACAUCCUCAAAGCAAUGUGUCUUGGUGCCAAAGCCGUCGCUCUUGGACGUCCAUUCGUAUUCGCAGAGGCAGCAUAUCGUCAUUUGGGCGUUGUCAAGACCGUUCGCAUCCUGGAGGAAGAGAUGCUGACAGGCAUGAGGCUCCUCGGUGCAGCUUCCAUCGCCGACCUGACACCGGACAUGGUAGAACGAGUCGACUUCUACGGCCCUGCGAUUGCCUCGUAUCUUGCCUCGAAGCACCUGUCGGGUCGUCUGUGA